AGUUCAAUUCCACUAGUCGUUGCGAGUGUGUCGGACGGAAGCGAAUCAUUCAAAAUUUCCAAAAUGUCUCUGCUGCCAUUCUUCAGUGACUACCACUUCUACCGUCCAUCCAGACUGUUGGACCAGCAUUUCGGUUUGGGAUUGGGACCGGAGGAUCUGCUCGAACCCCUUACGGUUCCCAGACAAUUGACCCGCUGUCCUGCUGGUUACAUGAGACCCUGGAGAUCUGCCGCCUCCCGUCUGGACGAAGGAUCGACCGUUGAAUUCGGCAAGGAUAAAUUCAACGUGAACCUGGACGUGCAGCAGUUCAAGCCGGAGGAAAUCACCGUCAAAGUUGUCGGCGAUAAUACUCUGAUGGUUGAAGCCAAACACGAGGAAAGGGAGGACGAACACGGUUACAUUUCGAGACACUUUGUUAGGAAGUACGUCGUACCGAAGAAGUACGAUAUUCAUCAGAUCAACAGUAAACUUUCCUCCGAUGGAGUGUUGAGCAUUUCCGCCCCGAAUGUUAGCGACAACGCCAUCGAACACCGGGAGAUUCCGAUUGAGAGAACUGGUGAACCAGCAAGGAAAAUCGAACAGAAAAAGGAAGCGGAGAAAUGAAUUAAUUUGUAUAUUUACUUAACCGUUUUAAAAUUAAGUCUGAAUUUAAUAUCACAAAAUUGUCUGAGUAUGUUUGUAUUAAUGUUAAUUUAGAAUAUUGUAGCUUUAGGUAUAAUUCCAAUGUGAUUAUAAUUUUUAAUUGAAAUAAAGUUUUUU